AUGAAGGAGGAGUUUGAAGAAAAACGUGAAUCCUUUUCAAACGCUUUGAUGGAAGCUAAGAUGACAAACAUCAUGAAUACUGAAUGUGCAAACUACUGGUCCGGAGUCAGCGGUGCCUCUAUAUUAGAUUCUCACAUAUGUCCUUAUGAACCGUAUAAAUCGGAUUGCAAUGGAGAUAACGGGAGUCCCUACGUCUGCUGGAAGAAUGGUGGUUACAUGUUGGCCGGGGUGACCUCGUGGGGAAUCAGCUCCUGCAAUGGACAGUACCCAAGUGUGUAUACCAGAGUGUCCAAGUACCUGAACUGGAUGAACAGUUAUAUCUAAAUCGGAACUCAUUAUCUUGGUUCAUGAAUAAAUUAAGAAUUCGAAUAUUGUAUUUUGAUUUUAUUCACGACCGAACGGUUU